AACAACGAAAUUCCUUUUCCCAUUGACGCAACCCCCUCGACAAGACCGAUUUCACAAAACUGGACCAAAAAAUCAGUGAAGCGUACAGCAGAAGUGAGGCGUUGAUUGUUACAUGUAGAACGGGUGUGUAGGGCUGUACUAUACCUACCAUAAGACACACAGCUAGUGUGUACCCGCAACAUAAACAUGGCAGUCGGAGGCUACGCGGCCUCGAGUUUUGGAACCAUUUUAUUUGCUGCUUUCAUUUCAGAAUGUGCGGCCCAGUGUGGAACAAUCAGUAAUUGCGCCUACGGCUGCUGCGCCGGCCCUACAUGCUGCACGUACAGCACCUACUACUACACUAACUAUGGAAUGAUUUCCGGUAUUUCGCUGGGUGUGACGGGGCUCAUCACCAUCAUCAUGACCAUCAUCAUCUGCUGUCGUCGUCGUCGGGCACGCGCCGGGGUGGUGUACAGGAGUGGCCCGGUGGUGCAGUCUGGUGUGGUCAUUCAACAAGGUACAGUGCAAACAGGAACCGGAUAUCCCAUGCAAUUGUACCCACCCCCCUCUGACCUACCUCCGGCGUAUCCCCAGGUCGGAUAUCCCCAUUCGCCCGUUGGAUACCAGCCCCCACCCCCUGGAUACCAGGAAGCCUUGGCUUGUUACCCUGCUCCCCCCUACCCUGCCCAUCUACCCAGCCCUCCAUCCUAUAGUACGCUGGCCAAGACAGGUGAAGCAGAGUCUACUGGGAAUAAGCCUACAGGAACAGACAACACCGGCUUCAAACCGGAUUAACAGUAUAUAUAUAUAUAUAUAUAUAUAUAUAUAUA